AUGAGUGCAGACACCUCGGUGGUGACGGAAUUCAUCCUUGUCGGCUUCUCCCACCGGGCCGACCUCCAGGGCUUGCUCUUCUCUUUCUUUCUCACCGUCUACCUGCUCACCGUGGCUGGCAACCUCCUCGUCGUGGUGCUGGUCUCCACUGACGCUGCCCUCCAGACCCCCAUGUACUUCUUCCUUCGAACCCUCUCAGCCCUGGAGAUUGGCUACACAUCUGUCACCGUCCCCCUGCUGCUUCACCACCUCCUCACGGGUCAGCGCCACAUCCCUCGCUCUGGCUGUGCUCUCCAGAUGUUCUUCUUUCUCUUUUUUGGUGCCACGGAGUGUUGCCUCCUGGCAGCCAUGGCCUAUGAACGCUAUGCAGCCAUUUGCGAACCCCUUCGCUACCCCCUGCUGCUGAGCCAUCGGGUGUGCCUGUGUCUAGCUGGGUCAGCGUGGGGCUGCGGAGCGAUGGUGGGCCUGGGCCACACCUCCUUCAUCUUCUCCUUGCCAUUCUGUGGCCCCAAUGCCAUCCCACACUUCCUCUGUGAGAUCCAGGCUGUCCUGCAGCUGGUAUGCGGCACCUCACUCAACGAACUGCAGAUUAUCCUGGCCGCUGCUCUCCUCAUCCUCUGCCCCUUUGGCCUCAUUGUGGGCUCCUAUGGGCGUAUCCUAGCUACUAUCUUUCGGAUCCCAUCUGCUGCUGGCCGCCUCCCAUCUGCUGCUGGCCGCCGCAAAGCCUUCUCCACGUGCUCCUCCCACCUGGUGGUGGUCUCCAUCUUCUACGGCACUGCCAUCUUUAUCUACAUCCGCCCUAAGGCCAGCUAUGAUCCCACCACUGACUCUCUUGUCUCCCUCUUCUAUGCUGUAGUCACCCCCAUCCUCAAUCCCAUCAUCUAUAGCCUCCGGAACACUGAUGUCAAGGCUGCUCUAAAGAGAACAAUCCAGAAAAUGGGGCUGGCAGAGAUUUGA